GGUCGAGUGAUCUUGUAUGUUAUCCUUACGGGAUGUCUCCCUUUUGAUGAUGCAAACCUCGCGGUUCUUUUCCGUAAUAUAUUCAAAGGGGACCCUCCAAUACCUAGAUGGUUAUCACCCGGUGCUAAAACCAUGAUCAAGAGAAUGCUUGAUCCAAAUCCAAUUACGAGGAUGACAAUCGCAGGUAUUAAGGCCAAUGAUUGGUUCAAUCAUGACUACACUCCUUCCAAUAGCGACGAUGAAAAUGAUGCAUCUUCAUUCCAAGAAGAUGUAUCUGAAGAAGAGAAGAGCCCUGAUUUUCCAACCGUCAUCAACGCCUUUGAGUUGAUCGGAAUGUCAUCAUUUCUCGACCUCUCCGGUUUGUUUGAGACUGAGAAAGUAUCAGACCGGCAGAUAAGAUUCACAUCAAAUAGGUUAGGCAUAGAUGUAUUGGAGAAGAUCAAAACAACCCUUAUGGAGAUGGGUUUCUACGUACAGAAGAAACACACAAUGUUAAAAGCAAUCCAACAAGAGAGUAAUCGAAAAGGGCAAAGCGGGUUAUCAUUAACGGCAGAGGUUUUCGAGAUCAUCCCGUUGCUUAAUGUGGUCGAGCUAAGAAAGACACAUGGUGAUUCAUUAUUAUAUGAACAGUUGUGCGACAGAUUAUCAAACGAAUUAAGCACAUCAUCUCAUGUUCAAAAGCUUUAAAAGGUAGACAGGAGCAGGAAACAAAUGUGAAACUAUUCCAAAUUUGCAUCCGGAAUGAUAGAGGAUUUAUGUAUAUAAAUUAUAUAUGAUAGAGGAUUUAUGUAUAUAAAUUAUAUAUGAUAGAGGAUUUAUGCAUAUAAAUUAUUUUUAAAAAUGUAUAUAAAUUAUAUAUUACCUUGUAUAAAAUUGGUACAUUAGCCAAAGCUGUAAAGUAUAUUCUUUUGUAAACA